CUUAAUAAGAAAGAAAUAUCUUCUUUUUUUAAAGUUGUGGUUUUAGGUUAUUUCUCAUUAUUUUUAUUUAAUUAUGCAAUAUCCUUUUACAUAUCUAUUAUAUUAUUAUUUCUUAUCCGUUAAAUACCCUCUACUUCCUCCCUCCAAUGACAAUAUCAUAUCUUACAAGAGUGAGACAAGCAAAAGAAGAAGAAUAAAAAAAAUAUUCUCUCCAAAGAAAAUAGUAAAAAUGGAAUCUUCUGUACCAAAGAGAGGCUUAUACAUGGAAAUGGAACAAAACGCUCAAGUCGCAGCCAAGAGGCUUUGGAAAAUCGUCCGCAUAGUAUUCUGCGUUUUAAAAACCGGUACGGUCAAAAACAAGCUCAUGCUUGACUUAAACCUAAUGCUUAAGAGAGGCAACAAAGCCAUCACUAACCUCCGCCGCCGAUCAAGCCCCACCGGCGGUUCUGACGUCAGCUCCACACGCGUCCGCGACUACGACCCUUUUGCCUUUAUGUCCAAACGCAAACGCCGCGUCCAUGGCGGUUAUGACAACGAAGAAGAUGCGGUGGAGGCAGCGGUAAAGAAAGUUUUUGAGUUGUUAGGAGAGAAUGAUAGGAAGACGGUGGCGGCAGAAUCGGCCAGAGAGUCGCCGCUGAUAAUGUCUCCGGCAGUGAGACAGCUCAGGGUGACGGAUUCGCCGUUCCCGUUAGACGACGGCGGAGAUCAUGAUCAUGUGGUGGAUAAGGCCGCAGAAGAGUUUAUAAAGAAGUUUUAUAAGAACCUUAAGCUGCAAAAGAAGAUGGCUAACACGCUAGAGUCGCCCUACCACGAUGGAUGGGUUAGAUGAUCCAAGCGUUUAGAGACCAAAAUUGUGGGGGUUGGAUUGCAAAAGAAAAACAUAAGGGGAAAAUUGAAAAUAUAUGUAUAAAUAUUGGGGUUGGAACGGUGAUUUUCAAGUUUUCUUAGAUAUAUUUCCAUUUGAGUGUUGAAUACUUAAAUUUGGCUUGUGUUUAUUUCGUCGGUAGUUUGAUGUAAACAUGGCUAUGUAUAUAUUUUCCUAUCAUAAUGAGAAGAAUACUAUAUACACACUA